AUGGCUAUGAAGCUGUUUUGCUCGUUUGUGAUUGUGAGCAUGAUGCUUAAUGUCAGCCCCAGCUUGGCAACGCCUUACGGCAAAUAUAGAGUUGGUAACGACCGUGGUUGGAGAACCUUUAAUACUGAUAUAUCUACAUGGACUGAUGGAAAAGAGUUUCACGUCGGUGACUCCCUUUUGUUCGUCUACAACGGAGCACUCACCAAUGUUGUUCAAACGAGCUUGGGGGGUUAUGGAUCUUGUGAUCUCUCGGCUGAUAAUAUAUUGUUCCAAGAUGCUAGUGGGGAGACUACAUUUACUUUUACCCAGCCUGGAGAAUACUAUUUUACCUCUUCAAUGUUCAAUGACUGCUCCUCAAAUCUUAGGCUGAUUGCCAAUGUGAAAUGA